GGGCAGACAACCUGAGAACUGCGCAUGCGCGUGGUCCCGGCAGUGCGUGAACUCGGAGGCUUCCGUAGAGGGAGGGAGGAAGAUGGCGGCGGCAACGCUGGAGCGCUUGGGUGCAUCAUGGAUGCCGAACCUGCGGAGGAAGCUGGCCUUAGGGCUUCUCUCAUCUCACAAUGUUUUACCCCAGUCAUAUAUCCACACGAGUGGGUCUCUGGACAUUUCUCGAAAAUGGGAAAAGAAGAAUAAAAUUGUUUAUCCUCCACAGUUGCCUGGAGAACCUCGGAGACCAGCAGAAAUCUACCAUUGUCGAAGGCAAAUAAAAUACAGCAAAGACAAGAUGUGGUAUUUGGCAAAAUUGAUACGAGGAAUGUCCAUUGACCAGGCUUUGGCUCAGUUGGAAUUCAGUGACAAAAAGGGGGCCCAAAUAAUUAAAGAGAUUCUCUUAGAAGCACAAGAUAUGGCAGUGAGAGACCACAAUGUGGAAUUCAGAUCCAAUUUAUAUAUAGCUGAAUCGACUUCAGGGCGAGGCCAGUACCUGAAACGCAUCCGAUACCAUGGCAGAGGACGCUUUGGGAUCAUGGAGAAGGUUUAUUGCCAUUACUUUGUGAAGUUGGUGGAAGGCCCCCCGCCUCCACCUGAGGCACGGAAGACAGCAGUCACCCAUGCCAAAGAGUAUAUUCAGGAGCUCCGCAACCGGACCAUUAUUCACACUCUGUGAUGGGGGAUUCAGACUCUACAGUGUAUAUAUUUUGCCAUUUAUUUCUUAAAAACAAACAGAUUAAAGAUAAAUGCUUUUUAUGA